AUGGGCCGACGACUAUCACGCUUCUUCCCAGCCCUUCUCGCCUUGGCCGUGGUGGGAUCUGCUGCCGGGGAUCAUGUAAAGGCAGCAGCGGCAUACUACUCCCAUGAGGUCGAUGCGCGGCAACGGAGCGAGCAGAAGCCGUUUUCGUCAGAGCACAAGCCUGCUGCUGCUACAAAGGAGAAUCCCCUGACGGCGGAGUUUGGGGAUUUUGUGAGGGAGCAGCUAGACAAGUGGAAGGUUCCUGGUAUUGCGGUGGCGGUUGUUGAUGGGGAUGAGGUGUAUGCCGAGGGCUAUGGAUAUGCGACGCUGCCAGAUGUCCCAGCUACCCCCGAGACGCUCUGGUACGGUGCGUCAACGACAAAGGCUCACGUCGCAGCCGUCCUGUCGGCGCUCAUCCACUCGGGCAACCACUCAGCCUUGUUUUCGAGAGGCUGGUCGACGCCCAUUUCAUCCAUCAUCCGCGACGACUUUGUCCUGCAGGACGAGUGGGCGACGAACCACGUCACGCUGGACGACGCCGUGAGCCACCGGACGGGCAUGCCGCGGCACGACGGGUCGCUUCGCAGCGUCGUGGAUGGCGACGGUAACGGUAACGGUGACGGCGGCAGCAGGCCCACGACGCCGAAGGACGUGGUGCGCAACCUGAGGAACCUGCCGCUGGCGGCGGAGCCGAGGCAAGUGAGCUACUACUGCAACUUGAUGUAUGCGACGCUGUCGCAUGUCGUGGAGACUGUGACGGGGAAGUGGCUUGGACAGGUGCUGAGGGAGGUGAUUUGGGGCCCGUUGGGAAUGGACUCGACGUUUUUCGAUUUGCAGAGCGCUUUGGAUGCGACUGGGCAUAUGGCGUCGGGGUAUGCGUGGGAUGAUGAGAGGGGGGAGUAUAAGGAGAUUCCGUACAUGACCCUGACGGAGGUCAGUGGUGCGGGAUCUGUUAUAUCGAAUGCUCUGGACUAUGCGAAAUGGAUUAAGAGCUUGAUCCAGCAGACUGGACCUCUGUCCGAGGAGGUUCACAAGGACAUCCGGACGCCGAGGGCGUUCUGGGGUGGCUCUCCCGACAAGGGCUACGACCUGGAGCUGUAUGGGCUUGGCUGGAUCAGAACUCUGCACAAGGGCCAUGUGGUGUAUACCCAUUCCGGAGGGAUGCACGCCUACGGAACCGAGGUGUAUUGGUUCCCCGAGGCCAAGUACGGGGUGGUUGUGUUUGGCAACACCGCGACGUGCCAUGUCGUGGAGGAGAUUGUUGGGUGGAAGCUCAUUGACGACAAGCUUGGUGUUCCUGAGGAGGAUCGCUUUGAUUACGCCAAGAAGUGGAAGGAGGGCCGGGACAAGCUGACUUGGCUGUACGAAAACGCCGUGGACGUGCUCUACCCCGAGAGGCCGGAUCCCGUACUGCCGUCUACGUUGAACACGAGUGAAUUGGCGGGCACAUACUACGACCGGGGCUACGGCAGGAUUACGCUUCGAGAGGAGCCUCACCCAGAUAAGCCGGGCGAGACGAUUCUCGUUGCCGAUCGCCCGGAGACGACGUGGAAGUACUCGAUGCACUUUUACCAUGUCAGCGCCGACCAUUGGAUCGCGUACCUAGAUGCGCCGAUAUACAGCGGCACCAAGUUCAAGGACUUUUACGCCGCAGAGUUCAAGGUGGGCGCGGAUGGCAAGGCGUGGGGGGUUGAGGUGCUCAUGGAGAGUCGGACGGAUCCCAUGCCUGAGGGAACAGUGCUGUAUAAACGGGUGGCGUGA